AAAAAAAAACAACAACACCACCACCACCGUGGAAGCGGAGUCGCGUCUGGGAUUGUGUAACCGCGACCUGGAUGCCCCCAGACCCCCGCAGCAGUCCUCCUCAUGGGCCUUCAUCGCUGAUCUGCAGCCACAUCUGGUCGACAGCGCGGCGGUAUCUUUGGGCUCUGAUGGUACUAGCUGAACAGUGACCGCUACCUGCCUGAGGACACCGGCUGCCCAAUUCCCUUCACCAUGUCUGGGAUGCACACACCAUGGUCGUCUGGCACAGAGUGUGUAGCCAAGUACAACUUCCAGACUGCCAACGAACAGGACCUGCCUUUCUGUAAAGGGGAUUUACUGACCAUCAUCGGAGCCACCAGGGAUCCCAACUGGUACAGAGCGAGAAACACAGUGGGCAGAGAGGGCACCAUCCCGGCUAACUAUGUCCAGAAAAGGGAAGGAGUCAAGUCAGGAGGGAAGCUCAGUCUUAUGCCCUGGUUCCACGGGAAGAUAACUCGGGAGCAGGCCGAGCGGCUCCUCUACCCGCCGGAGACGGGCUUGUUCCUGGUGAGGGAGAGCACCAACUACCCCGGCGACUACACCCUGUGCGUCAGCUGCGACGGCAAGGUGGAGCACUACCGCAUCAUCUACCACAACGGCAAGCUCACCAUAGACGAGGAGGAGUACUUCGAGAACCUCAUGCAGCUGGUCGAGCACUACACCAAAGACGCCGAUGGCCUCUGCACCCGGCUGAUCAAACCCAAGUUGAUGGAGGGAACGGUGGCAGCACAAGACGAGUUCUCAAGGAGCGGCUGGGCCUUGAACAGAAAGGAGCUGAAACUCCUGCAGACCAUUGGCAAAGGGGAGUUUGGAGAUGUGAUGGUAGGGGACUACAGAGGGAACAAGGUGGCGGUCAAGUGUAUCAAAAAUGACGCCACAGCGCAGGCUUUCAUCGCCGAGGCCUCCGUCAUGACGCAACUGAGGCACAACAACCUGGUGCAGUUACUAGGGGUAAUUGUCGAGGAGAGGGGCAGUCUCUACAUCGUCACAGAGUACAUGGCAAAGGGCAGCCUAGUGGACUACCUGCGCUCCCGAGGACGGACGGUGCUCGGCGGAGACUGCUUACUCAAGUUCUCGCUUGACGUGUGUGAAGCCAUGGAGUACCUGGAGGCCAACAACUUCGUCCACAGAGACCUGGCGGCCCGCAACGUGCUGGUGUCCGACGACAACAUCGCCAAGGUCAGCGACUUCGGCCUCACCAAGGAGGCGUCCUCCAUACAGGACACGGCCAAGCUGCCCGUCAAGUGGACCUCCCCCGAGGCGAUAAGGGAGAAGAGGUUUUCCACCAAGUCCGACGUCUGGAGUUAUGGAAUCCUACUUUGGGAGAUCUACUCCUUCGGGCGCGUGCCUUACCCUAGAAUUCCGCUGAAAGAGGUGGUGCCCCGGGUGGAGAAGGGAUACAAGAUGGACGCCCCAGACGGCUGCCCGCCCGUGGUGUACGACCUGAUGAAGCAGUGCUGGACCCUGGACUCUGUCGUGCGGCCCUCCUUCCGCAUGCUGAGGGAGAAGCUGCAGCAUAUCAGAGCCAAGGAGCUCUACCUGUGAAGAGGAGGCACGGGGAGGGGGAGAGGAGGAGGAGGGGGAGGAGGGGGGCGAGACACAGUGGUGGUGGUAGGAGGAGGAGGAGGAGAAGAAGAAGAAAAAGAGGGACCACAGCAUCUUCCUCCUGCCCGCCCAGCCCGCUGACCUGUGGGACUGCCAUACUGUGUGCCCCCCCCCUCCCCUUUGACCUAAGGCGGCCUCGCCAGCCGCCCUCUGCCUCCACACAAGGACCGUUUCCUGUUUGUGUCGUAAAGCUUUUGCCAGACUGUUUCCUCUCUUCUCGACGGGCCACCGCCCUUUCCUCACUCUGUCCCCUCCGCCGCUGCUCGCCCUCUCUCUAUCUCUUCUCUCUUGGUCCAAGUUUCUCUUCCUCCCUCACCUGGAAGACCCCUUUUUUCGCUCUUGUUUUUUUUCCCCCUCCCCUCCUCCUCCUCUCCUGAACAUGACAUUAACUGGAGGGGAGGCUGGCCUUUAUCCUCCACGUUUUUCAGGUGCUCUUUCUUCUUCUUCUUCUUCUUCUUCUUCCUUCUUCUUCUUCCUCCUUCGUCCUCCACCAUCAUUCCUGGAUCUCUGCAUCGCCGUGUUGCUCUGCAUGAAUUCGUCUCAGCUCUCUUGUCAUUCCAUCCUUCCCUCUAUCCCUCCCCUCCCUCCCCUCUCCUCCCCCCUCGGCGUGGUGUCAGGCGUGGGGCCUUCGCUCUGUGCUAAAGUGCCUCCAGUCUACAGAGCUCCAGAUUUCCCUCCAGCACUUCUUUCAACUGGACUGUUGUAGUUUGAUUUUUUUUUUAUUCCUUUUUUUAAGAGAUCUUUUUUUAUUGCUUUCAUUUUUUUUCAGGGAGGUUAUCAAACCAUUUUUUUUAUUUUAGUGCCAUCUCUUGCACCUCCAUCGUCACCCUAUCAGACUGGGAUUUUUUUUGUUGUUGCCACGUAUCCAUGAAGAGAGCGUGAACAGGAAGAAAGAGGAUUUUUUCGGGGGCCAGUGUCAUGUUUGUCCUCUAACCAAUACAGGACUGGG